AGUAAUUGCUAUGGACUUCACUUGAAUGGCUCCACUAUAAUGUGAUCCUGCUGAGUGUGAUGAGACGGAAAACUGGAACCCACCUGUAAGUUGGAUGUCGUGAUGUCGCUCUAGGUGGCGCCAUUUGGCGCGUGUCCCAGCUCCGACGGGAUUGCGCACGUGUGUGUGUGUGCGCGCGUGUGCGUGUGUGCGCGCGCCUCUCGUUUCCACCAUAAAUGGUUUUCCCCAGCAGGUACAACAUCCCAUUGCCUGUGCACCGGGCGCGCGCUGCUUUAUUACUUCCGCCUUUGACACGCAAUCACGGGAUGCUGAGUGCAAAGCGGCAUGGAGCUCCUUCUGCCUGCACAUUUCCUUCCACGUCUGUUUUGGGUUCAUACUUGAUGAACUAAAAUAAGACUUUUUUAUUUUUUGAAUAAUCUUUUAUCUGUUGUUUAAGUGAGCUCUUGGGUGCCGAAGAACGGAAAUGAAAAUGAACGGCACCACGUUUAACCAAACGGACGGCGGUAUUUUCUCCAACAGGACUGAGGAGAUCUUGACGUGUUGUAACUUCUCGUCGGUGGUGACGGACGACGGCUUCGCGGCGGCGGCUGCCCCGGAUGAUGAGCGCAGCCUGUUCGUGAUGAGAGCCGUGCAGAUCGCCGUGAUGUGCGUUCUCUCUCUCACCGUGGUGUUCGGCAUCUUCUUUCUCGGCUGCAACCUCCUCAUCAAAUCCGAGGGCAUGAUUAACUUUUUAGUGACGGAUCGGCGACCGAGCAAAGAAGUCGAAGCGGUUAUAGUGAGCGUGUAUUAGCGCGCUCUGUGCGCACCAAGGCGAAAACUCGACACGUUUAGACGCACCUGGAUCUUUUUUUUUUUCCAGCUAAAGCAUUCAAAGCGUCUACUGUACGUACGAACUGAUCCGAAGUUCCUCUUCAGCCAAAGUGUGUGUAUGUGUGUUAAAGAGCAUCCUACAGAUUUGAUGUGCACACCACCGAAAUCACAACGAAGGUCGAACAUACGAACCUUAACUCUUAUAUUAGAUGUUCUUUACCGAAAGUAUUUUUUUUUUGGCGUGUAAAUGCGGGUUUGGAUACAUGCAACAUGUCUGCAACAAGCCGUGCGCACUUCCGACGUGAUUUUUUUUGUAUGAGCACAACUUAUUAUAAAUAAUCACGAUUUUUGUAUAAGUGCACGGAUGUGCGUUUGUUAAAACUGAAAGGCUACACAUAUUGUUUGACGUUUAAUGUAAUAAAGAAUUUAUUAAUGUACAUGAAAAGUGUUUUUAGGAUUUUUGCAAUACCUACAGAAGCGUGAAAGAAUAGAUAUUAUAGGCUCUUGAAUAACAAAAAAUACAGUUUUUUUUGCUUUAACACAAUAAGGAAAAUAUAAUAUAUUCUUUUCUAUAUUUAUAAAAUCUGCAUUCAUUCAAAAACUUAGAUUGUGUGUCUGUCAAAAUCUGUGAAAGCAUUAAAUAAUGCGUUUCAUAAUAUGCACAUAUACACACUCAUACAUGUGCAUGAUGUCCCCCUGCAGGGAAAGUUAGAGUUUAAAUGGGAUAUCAGUGGGGAUUAAUCUGUCCCCGUCAUUACAGCACCUGAGCGCCUGUAUCUUAACUUACUACGUCACUGGGAUUUUCAGCAUAUAAUAUAAUCUUUGUCUUAAAAUUUAGCUUUGUAUGUAGUCCCUAAAUAUAAAUUAGUAUGCAUGUAAUUGAAAAAUGUGUAAAAAUUAUUUUCUUUAAAAAAGGGAACCAUCCGCUCGGCCUGGCUGCAGUAAUCUCAGGUCGAAUAAACCAAUUCACAGCUCUGAAGAAGGGUGAAAAACAUGAUGAGUCAAUUCAUACGUUGUCCCAACAAGCAUAUAUGAUUACACUGGGUUUAAUAAUUAAUGAAACAUUGUUGAGGUGAUCAUUUGACUGAUUGCUCGUGUAGCGUACGUUAGUUCCUGAUGAAACUGAGCAGCUUGAAGAGUUGUCUUACAUCUUACUAGUAAAUCUUUUGUUGUUCAGAUUUGCCUGAUUGGAUUACUAUGAAUAAGUUAUCAGUUUGAGUUCAGGAGUAAUCUAACUCCUAUUCACAUGUUCAGUUUUUCAGUAGUGAUCGCCCACUGUGGUCUAAUAGCAGGGGGUUCCUUCAUGCUGGACAUCAUAGUGGGUUAUAGAUUCAAAAAACAAGUUGUAAAUCUUUUCCAAACGUGUUUACCACAUGUAUGUCAGUGAUUAAGUAGAGGUGCCAGCUGUAAGCCAGACCUAUUUAUAUGAGUGUGAGAGAGCUGUGAGUUUGCUAACUUCACAGUGAAUUAUAAUGAAAAACGCACACAUAUAGAUCUAGACAGAUCACGAUUACAUCAUUCCUGUUUAAAAUAAAAGGAGAUAGUUAAAUGUUAUUCACCCUUUCAUCAAGUUUGACCAAAGCAACUACUCACUAUUUUAAGAUUUGGACUAGUGUAUAUAUGAAUAAAUUGCA